AUGACCGCCCCCCCUCUUACUCCUCAAAGACCUCUACCAGGCACCUAUUUCCAGACUCCAGCUCACCCUAAUUUCAAUGGGCCUCUCUUUCAAUCUUCUACCAUGUCUGGUGGCGGCGGCCUACCCACAACUGCCGCCGCACUUCCGCCCCAGCCUCUUCGUGCAAGACUCCCAAUGACAACGGUCAAGAGCAGAGCAGAAAACCUGAACCCACGACAACGAGCAGCGCUGACAAUAGAUGAGGCGUUGGCGCAGGAGUCGCGAUACCCAGAUUUAGACAGUUAUUUAUCUCAGGGAUUUUCCUCCGAUUAUGAUAUUCCCACAUCGGCAUCGUGGGCACCAUUUCAAAAAGUUAAGAUGUACAAUAUACCGGACCAAAUUUUCGAUCAAUACAAUCGGGCUCAGGUAUCGACAAAUAUGGGCCUUUUUGCAGAACUGAAUCAUGCUUGGGUUACUAUCGACAAUGCGCUGUAUCUCUGGGAGUAUACGCAUCCCAACCCGCAGUUGGUGGGAUUUGAGAGCCAGCCGAAUAGUAUAAACGCUGUUAAGUUAGCUCGCCCUCGGCCAGGCGUUUUCCUCCCGUCAAUAUCACAUGUUCUUGUUAUCUCUACUACUGCAGAGGUGUUAAUCUUGGGCCUGGGAUGUGAGACGUCCGCUUCAGGAACAAAGACAGUAACGCUCUAUCAAACUGGGAUGGCUACAUCGAUUCGAGGGUUGGACAUCAACGUAAUUACGUCAUCAAACUCGACUGGGAGGAUAUUUUUUGCGGGGUCUGCCGACAACGACGUAUAUGAGCUCACAUAUCAACAAGAAGAGCGAUGGUUCCAGGGUCGGUGCGGGAAAGUGAACCAUACGAGCAAGAGUUUUGCCGCCUUCACCCCGUCCAUCAUUCUAAGCCAUAAACCGACGGAAUUUGUUGAGCAACUGGUGGUUGAUGAUAGCCGAAACCUGUUAUACACCCUUUCCUCGAACUCGUCUAUCCGGGUAUUCCAUCUGAAGCCUGAUGGAACUGUCAAUCUUACAAUUACAAAGCGUGCUAUUGACAUAUACUCAAAUCUUGGCCACAUUAUCAGCUCUAACGAAACGCUCAACCCUGGGGUUAAGAUAGUUUCUAUCAGUCCUAUCCCAGCUGCAGAGGCUUCUAGAUAUCAUCUGAUGGCAGUCACCGCGACGGGCUAUAGGAUAUAUCUCAGCGCUACCGGGUCAUAUAGCUGGUCCGCAACUCCGACUGCGACCAAUGCUCCGACCAGCAUGCAAGCUCACCAUGUGAGGACACCACCUUCUGACAACAACCCUGCAAGCCAAUUACCCCAAGGACGUGGAGUUGUUGGGUCGCCAUAUCAGGUCUUGCCGGGAGCAAAACUUGCCAUCCACUCACUUGACCCUACUAGAUCUGCUCAACGAUUCCCUCCUGGUUACUUUUUCUGCUUUACGUCAAAAAACUCCACCAAUAAAGCAGACACUCUUUUUAUUUCGACUCCAGACUCUGGUCGUCUUUCACGACCUCAAGAGAGCGCACUCCCGAUUAAACCUGGCGAAACCGCGAUCUGGCUAACGCUUGGCAGUCGAGCAGAAGACAUCGGGUUAUGCACACCAGAAUUCACUGUGCAGCCGCAAGGAGGCUUUGGAAAUGAGCUGGCCGUUCAAUUCGACAAGCCUGCUGCGGAAAUUGCUGUUUUGACCAAUACCGGUAUUCACGUUAUUCGAAGGCGGCGACUAGUGGAUAUCUUUGCAUCACUAAUACGGAGCGAUAGCGGAGAAGAGGGCCUUGAGACUCAGGUAAAAUCACUGAUACGAUUGUACGGCCGCAGUGAGACGCUCGCGACCGCUUUAGCAGUCGCCUGCGGUCAGGGAGUGGAACUCUCUGCGGAUUCUCGCCUUUCUAAGAUAAACGACCCUGACGUCCUUGAAUUUGCGCGUAAGGUGUUUAUUGAGUUUGGCGGCAAGCCGACCUUUAAUGAGAAUGCAGUUGCCGACAACUCCACUCCUGCGAUUGAUGCUGUCAUCCCCUCACCACGCCAUGCUGGUAUUGCGCUCUACACUUCGCGCCUCUUGAGAUCGAUCUGGAAAACGGUGAUUGCCAAGCAAAGUCGGACCCCAGCGGGAGGAGUCACCAUUUCGCCAUCUGUCGAUACUUCGAAAUUGCAUUCAAUUCAGAGAGAUUUGUCCGCCCUUCAGGAUUUCUUCCGGACGAACAAAUCCUUUAUUGAGGGAUUGAGUGGGCCAGAGGCUCUCUCACGAGCUGUUACAAAACAAGACGAGAUUGCGCUGCAAGGCGAGCAUCGUGCCUUGCAUUCCAUGGUCCAGCUAGUCUCUGAUACAAUAGAAGGUAUUUCGUUUGUUCUGGUCCUGUUCGAUGAACAGGUUCACGAGAUCAUCGCGCUAUUACCUGAGGAAACAAGGCAACGAUUUUUAACGCUCACAUUCGAGGAGUUGUUCAGUAGCAGCAAGGGCCAUGAUGUUGCGAAAGAGCUUGUCAAGUCUAUUGUUAAUCGAAAUAUUGCUAAAGGCUCUAACGUUGAAACGGUUGCUGAAGCCUUGCGGCGAAGAUGUGGCACCUUUUGCAGCGCAGAAGAUGUCGUUAUUUUCAAAGCUCAAGAACAACUCAAGAGAGCUACUGAAGCCGGUGGGAAUUCCGAAUUGGGUCGCAAUUUGCUUAAUGAGAGUUUAAUCCUUUUUCGCCAAGUUUCUGAGAAUCUGUCCAUGGAUUAUCUCCAAUCUGCGGUGGAACCAUAUAUCCAGAACCAAUUCCUUUGCCGCGUUGCAGCCCAUUCUGACAAGGCAAAUCGUGCGCUUUCUUGGAUUAUGGAUGGUCGUCCACUAGAGGAUCCCCGACAAGCUAGUUACGAAGUUCGUCAACAGUGCUAUGAUCUAAUCUACAAAAUUAUUCUCAGAGUCGACGAACUUUCGGGCCAAGAUCCUGGUUUUGUGGAUGGGCAGUAUACUGUUAUUGCACGAAGAAAGAAUGAAGUUUACGAUGUGAUCUCAAAUUGCGAGGAUGAGGUGUUCCUCACCAGCUUGUAUGAUUGGUACUUAGAGCGAGGUUGGAGCGAACGACUUCUUGAAGUUAAGACUCCUUUCGUCGUGACCUACCUUCAAAGAAAGUCCACCGAAGACCUAUCACAUGCAGAUCUACUAUGGAGGUAUUACGGACAGUCAAGUCGAUUUUACGAUGCCGCAUCAGUUCAGCUGCAGCUUGCCCAGAGCUCAUUUUCACUCCCCCUGAGUAGACGGAUUGAGUAUCUCGGUCAAGCCAGGGCAAAUGCGUCUGUUUUCACGCCAAACGUAUCACGAGCAUCGAGGCAAAGGUUAAUUCAGGAGAUUUCGACCUUGAUUGAUAUAGCCAAUGUACAGGAUGACCUUCUACAGAGGCUUAAGGAAGAAACUAGGAUUGCCCCAGAGCGCAAAGCUACAGUUCUGCAAGAGGUAGAUGGUGAGAUUAUGGAGCUCAAUAAGCUUUAUAAUAUGUAUGCUGACCCUGGUGGCUACUACGAUGUUUGUCUUCAAAUCAUGCAUCUCGCCAAUUACCGCAACGCUUCCGACAUCAAGGCAUGCUGGCAUAACCUAAUCCAAGAAGUCCAUGAUGAGGCUUCAGCGAAAGGCGAACCGCUCCCCUAUGAAGCCGUCAUCGAAAAGAUCCGAGGCCUCUCCGGCCGCCUCAGGAUGUCAGACACUACAUUCCCAAUCCAGAUCCUACUACCAAUGCUUCAGCGCUAUGUAUUGGAACAGCAGCUAGGCGUUGGCCCGGACAGCUGGAUCGUAGAACUCUUUCUCGAUCUCCAAGUUUCACAUGAACUCAUCUACACCGUUCUCGAAUCGUUGUUCUACAACGACGAAGUGCCUUUCCAUGGCAAGAACCGCCGGUAUAUCGGACGAGAUCUGCUAUACCUGAUCGCCCGCUGGUUCCAGGAAUCAUUGCGCGUUGGAGCCGGGGCGUUUGGAAGUGAUAUCUUUGCUUCCCGCGUAUCCGAGAUGUUGCUGUUAUUGCAACAGAGUGGGUUGGAUGACGAGUCGGUCCAGGCAUGUCGCGAUUUGCGGGUUAAAAUUGAGCGAUCUCUCUAA